UGGGCGUAGCAGGAAUUUUUGGUAGAACCACGGCGAAGCUAGUUGCACCUUCUCUAACGCUAGUUAAUUAUGAUGUAAGAGUUAUGGAUUCCGGUUAAAUUGUGUUACGGAGAAGAAUCAACAUUAUUCAUAAAAUUGCUUUUUGAGAGAGAUACCAUCGAAUACAUACCUACUCGUAUUUGCGCAGUCCUUCCAGAUUUUCGAUCAAUAGCUGUGUCCAAACAGUGUGGAUGAUGGACGGUGGAGUGACAGUAGUUACCAACCCCAUUGUGAAUGUGCGCCUAACUAGCACCAUCUCCUCCUUUGAGGCGCAGCGCCGGUUCAAUAGAGGGAUUAGUAUAGCAGAACUGAAGGGAAAGUUGGAGAUGGUUGUAGGCGCACCUGCCUCCUGCAUGGACCUGGAGUUAUUCAGUGUCUCUGACAAGUUCCUGCAGAAAUUGGAUGACAAUGAAGCUCUGCUGGGUUCCUAUCCUGUGGAUGAUGACUGCAGAAUACAUGUUAUUGAUAGAAGUGGAGGUCAGAUGGGUGAGUUCACUGAUGUUUCCAAAGUGGAGAAGUUGGAAAUCUCAGAUGACGCUUAUGGAAAAAGAACAGACACAGCAAGGCAUUUCAUUAUGAAACAACGUGUUGGCCGCAUCAACGAGGAAGAAAUGGCCAAGAAGAAAGCCGAGCACACUGCUCGAGAGGAGGAGCAGAAGGCUGCUGCUGAUGCCAUUUCUGUUGGCAGCCGAUGCCAAGUGCAAGUCCUUGGGCAGCCCACCAAGCUUGGCACAGUCAUGUAUGUUGGUACAGCAGAUUUUAAGCCAGGCUAUUGGGUUGGUGUGAAGUAUGAUGAGCCCCUGGGAAAACACGAUGGAACUGUUGAAGGGAAGAAAUACUUUGAAUGUGAGAACAAAUAUGGCGCAUUUGUGAAGCCUGUGAAUGUGAUUGUAGGAGACUUCCCUGAGGAGGAUUAUGGUUUAGAUGAGAUGUAGAACUUCACAGUCUUUCUUUCCUGAGCUUUAAGCCUCAGCCUGUUCUCCAUUCACCAACCAGAGAUGAAGGAGAGUUGUCUUUGCAUCUUAGUUUGUUUUUUGUUAGUUUGUUUAGUGCUUCUCUGGAAGGCAUGAUCCAAAGGCAUUUUAGCCUCAAGAUCCCUCUGAGUAACUUCACUGCAGCAUGACAGAAGUUACUGCCCUGUAGUGAUCUCUUUGUGAGCUGUUACAGUAGUAAAAGAGGAUAAUCACUAAAUGAGCUCAUACCAACAAGGGUUUGUUUAUGUUGCAUGUGAGACAGUGUAAUGAAAAUCAAUUACAUUUCUCUUCAUUUAGUUCACAUCAGUUUGUACAAAGAUGUUUGUAUAUAACUGUUAAUAGUAAACUGUAGUCUUAUCAUUUUCAAGACAUUACUGAGAGAGCAUUCCAAGAAUUGGACAACUGUUUGUCAAAACAAACAUCUCCCCUAAAAUGCUUUGACACUAAAAAAAAA